AUGCACCCCCGUUUCUUUUAUCCACACCCCCGCUUCCACACUGGCCCUAGUCGCCUCCUUUGGUUCGUUAUCGGCGCUGCCUCCGCUACUUGGUGGAUUCAUCGCAAAGAACAUGCCAAUCCAAGCAAUCAACACCACUUUGGUCGUUGUAUUCGGCCACCCGUUCCUCCUCUAGCCGUGGAACCACAACCCAAUCGCGACACUCUUCCACCAAUGCAGAACCCAGCAAAUCGGUCACCACCGUGGGGUUACCCAGAGGCACAUCGAGCGCGGCAAUUUGACGAAGAGAAAGCCAAGUUGCAGGCGAUUGGGCGUCAGGCAGAAGAUGUGAUGACCAAGUUGUCGGAAGACGCGCUUGACUCAGUCAUGACAACGAUGGAGGCUCUCAAACGUAAACUUGCUGAGCACCGUGAAGAGCGUCUGCGGGUUCAACGCCAACUGGAGAAACAGAUUGAAGAACAGCAUAAGGAUCCACAUCGUUUCGUCUAA